GCAUGCAGGCGGGUGUCGCAGUUGGUUCAGGUUGACAGGAAAUAAAUCGUAUUAAUAGGCAUUUGCCACAGACGCAGCUCUUAGCGCUCAGGACAAGGUGGCAAAAGGCGGGGGAAACACGCCUUCCGUAUUUACUCUUUCUUUACAAACAUUUGAUGCCAUUUGCACCCACACAAUAAUAAAGUGACCUGGCUACCUCAAGAGGCGGUGCGUGAGCUGCAAACAGUCCAAAAUAAAGACAAGUCCAGCGCGUGCGCUGUGCAGCCUUCGCUGGCGAUGGAGGAAGCUACGUGAUUCUGACUCGGACGCGUCUCCCUAGCAUUUCUAGGGAGACACAGCCGGGGGUUCGUGGGGCCGUCUCAGCCCGGCCAGGGGCCAUGCCCAACGACGCAGGCGGCACCGCGGCCGGCAGCGGCAGCAGCAGCGGCGGCCAUGCAGGCACGCACGUCGCUGCAGGCCUGAAAGGCCGACUGCGACAGGCUUACGGCGCCGGCAUCCUGCUUGUGACUGCGGUGCUGUGGGCCAGCGGCGGCCCCACCAUGAAGUACCUGUUCCUGCUGCCGGCGCCGCCCUCCGCCGCGCUGGUCACCGCCUGCAUCGCCGUGUCCACAGCGCUGUUCCUCGUGGUGGGACUGCUGGGCAGCGCAAUGGAGCAGCAGCAGCCGCAGCAGCAGCAUCUACAGCACGAGCAGCUGCAGCAGCUACAGCCGGGCGGCGCAGCGGCUGGAACGGAGGCGGCCGCCGGGGCCAAUGGGAGGCGCAGGGCGCAGCCGCUGGGUGCAGCAGCAGGAGUGGCGGCUGAGGUGGAGGUAACAGUGGGAGACGGCGCGGCGGGCGGCCGAGGCAGUGCCGGCGGCGGCGGGCUGCUGGGUUCCUUGUGGCGAUGGCUGCGAGACGUGGGUGCAGCGGCAGGGCCGGGGCCGGGGCCGGGGCUUCACGCCAAGGACAAGAGCGGCAGUGCACGUGGCAGCGAGGCGGUGGAGGCGGAGGUGCUGCUGGCCAGCGGCAUGCACGCGGCCGGCGGCGGCGCGCUGGGCGGCGGCGGCGGCAUGCGGUUGGCGCUGCAGCGCAUCACGGACGGCGGCGGCGGCGACGGGGCGCUGGCGGCGCUGCUGGCGGCGGAGCCGGAGGUCCGCGGCGGGCUGCACCACCGCCACCAGGUGCACCACAGCCGCGUGCACCAGGGCCAGGCGGGGGGCGCCGCGGGGGCGCUGGACGCGGAUGUGGAUGUGGACGUGGAGCGGGCGCAGCGGACCACAGCGCUGGUGGAGGCGGCGCUGGGGCCGGAGGCAGGCGCAGGGGCAGGAGCAGGGGCGGGGCCGGGGGCAGGGGCAGGGGUCAGCAGGCUGGCGGGCGGUGCGGCGCCAGAGGGCGUGUUCACCUCGGCGGGCGCGCCGCCAGGACACCACCUCCUCAACGGCGCCGCCGCUGCUGCUGGACUGGGCCCGGGUCGGCCGUCGCUAGAUGGCAUCUUGGCGUCUCCGCUGCGGCCGGCCGCACUGGGGAGCAGCACGAGCCCGAGGCCCAACAAGCUCGGCACCACGCACAGCGGCGGGCUGGGCGGGGGCGCGGAGGGGGGCGGCACGCCACGCCGCCGCAGCCUCAGCGGCGGCGGCGCGUUCGCCGGGCCCGAUGGCUGGGACGCCGCCGCAUCCGCAUCCGCCGGCGGCGGCUGCUGCGGCGGCGGCGGCUGGCGACUGGCGGCGCUGACGGCGCCGGCGCGUAGCCUGGCGGCGGCGGGCAUGGAGCUGGGUUGCUACAACACCGCCGCCGGGGCACUGGGCGCUUGGGGCUACCAGCGCAUCAGCGCCACCCGCGCUGCCUUCCUCAUGCAGGCCACAGCGCUGAUUACGCCGCUGCUGGUGGUGGCGGGCGGCGGCAGGGUGGGGCCGCUGGUGUGGCUGGCGUGUGCCGCCGGCGCGGCGGGCGGCGGCAUGGUGGCCCUGGACCAGGUGCAGCAGGCGGCGGCGGCGGCGGCGGCGGCUGGCGGCAGAGAUGACAGCAGCGGCGGCGGCGGUGUUGGCGGUCCUAGUACCGGAGAUGGCAGUGGCAGCGGCGACCUGUUGACCGAGUCGGUAUCGCUGGCGGCCACCGCCGGCACAGACCUGGCCCGGCGGUUGCUGUCGGGUGAGGGGGCCCUGGGCACGGCCGCGGCCUCGGCUACAGCUGCUAGCAGCGCGUUUGGCAGUAGCAGCAGUGGCAUUAGCAGUAGCGCCGAGGCCGAGGCGGCGGUGGCGGGCCAGGCCAUGGGUGUGUUGUACAUCCUGGCCAGCUGCCUGGUGUGGGGCAUGGUGACGGUGCGGCUGGGCGUGCACUCGGCGCGCUUCCCGCCGCUGCAGCUGGCGGCGGCGGCGGCCAUCACGUACGCCGGCCUGGCACUGCUGUGGCUGCUGGCGGAGAUCAUGAGCUCCCCCGGCGCCGGCCUGGGCGACUACCUGGAGCUGGGGCUGCUGCUGCGCAACCACACCACCGCGGCACUGCUGCUGUGGGCGGGCCUGGGCCCGGGCGCGCUGUCCAGCUACCUGCAAGUGCUGGGGCAGACCAUUGUGCCGCCCGCGCAGGCGCAGGUCCUGUUUAGCAGCACGCCGCUGUGGGCCGCGCUGAUGGCCGGCCUGCUGCUGCCGGGCGAGUCCAUGGGCCCCCUGGCCUGGCUGGGCGGCGCAGUCAUGCUUGGCGCCUCACUGCUGGCGUCACUGCUCACGUGAGGGUGCGCGUGCAUGCGCCGUGUGUGCGGGAGGCGUGGACUGGGAGAGAGGCAUAGCCUGGUAGGCAGGGUGUGUGGAGCCGAGACAGAGCUGGACAGACCUGCAUGCGACCGGCGAUUGCUGGGGUAGGGGGCUUGGGGUUAUGGUGAUGCCGGCGGCGACGCGGGGCUCCAGGCCGGGCACAGGGUUCGCGGUGUGCAUCAGGGAAGGGGUGUGGGAUGGGGCCGGCGAUGAUAUCAAUAGGCAGGUGUGUGUGUGCGUGUGUGUGUGUGUGUGUGUGUGUGUGUGUGUGUGUGUGUGUGUGUGUGUGUGUGUGUGUGUGUGUGCGGGCGUAGUGCCGCCUGACGACUGUCGAGGCCGGUGGAAGCGCGCGCGCACGUGACCAAAUCGUCAACAGCUGCUAGCUGUGCGCAUUGCUGUGCAGUCGAGUGGUUGCGCGCGCGGAGCCGGGCUCUGAGCGCUGCAUGCAUGUGAAUGGGGUGCGGUUGGUGGGUUUGUAAGGCGGGGUCGCGGCGAUGACGUUGGCUGCUUUAUGUGGCGUGGUUAGAUAGCGUGGAUGGUGUUUGCGUAUGUGUUUACGCUUGACAGUGUAUGUGAACCCGAGAGCGACCGGGCUGGCCUCGAAUGUGAGAGAGAGGUAGCUGUGAUUGACGCUUCGCAGGCUGAUGUGCUAAGUCUGCGCGUGGUGCGAUUCCAGUGGGGCAGCAGUUGCAGGUAUCCAGGCCAAUCAGGCGCAUGUUCGGGGCAGGAUAUUGCGGUGCGAAGGAUGCCACCGCUGCGCCGCCAAGGACUGCCGAAGUCACGGCGUGUGUAAUGGAAGAUGGGAGGUGCUAUACACAAGCAGUGCAGCAACUAACGUAGUGUGGCGGGGAGAGUGUGUGAGGUACAUACUGUAUGCUGGUGACCUGCAGUCCAUCCCUGAAACUUCCACCCGGGCGAGGGGAAGGGGCCGCGGCCAGGGGUGCGGGGUGGCCAACUCGGCCCAUGUGAUCGGUAACGGUCGGCAUCGUGACCGGGGAACACUUGUCCACGUCAUCACUGGCUCGUGAACUGCGUCAGCAGGUCCCUCAUGUAACCAAUGCAAUCU